GGGAACUAGACUGAGAACGGGCUACACCAUGGUAACUGCUAGAACAAUCAGAACGAUACUGUUGGCUGUCGCGUAAUUAUAUACAUGCUUCCUUCGCCCGCUCGUUUCGUCCGUUUCUUUUUUUCUUGAUUUUCUACAAACAAACUGCCCUCAUAUAUUAUCGCCUCCUCUCUUGACGGGGGAUUACCCUCCCGCUCUUUUCUCGACAGCUUUCAAUAGCGUGUCUUCAACUCUCUCCUAUUAAUUCUUUGGGAUCCUUAGUAUCAUCCGGCACAUUCUUCAUCUUUCUCUUCCCUCUCCCCUUUCUUUACUAUUGCCUGCAGAUCUCGCUCAUUCUAAUUCUCCCCCAAUUGCGCAACAACACUGAGCCAAGCUCCUUACAUCGUUCUAUCGAUCUUACGCGCAUUUAAUUCUCAGUCUCGUUGCGAUCGUAACUUCCACCCACGACUUAGAUCGUCACCUCCCCGUUCGUGGCCUGCCUUACUGAAGCCGAGGCUUGGUUCACCUCCCGCAUUGGAAACUAAAAGUGGGACCCGCGCGACGAACUGUUCUCAAACUUGCGACAACCACGACCACGAAUUUGCGCCACCACGCGCGAUACUUCCCCCAGCCAUGCAGCAACCGGAAGAGGGGGCCUCUGCUGUGGAAAAAGUCCCCGACGAGGUGAUGGUUGGUGAAAAGAUCUCAUCUUCCGAAGAAAAGGUUGCGGAGAAGAACUACGACUCUGGUUCGACGCUGUCGGGAACUGCCAAGGAAAAUGGAAGCAAGACGGCGCUGUCGUUGGAUGAUGAUGCGAUCUUUGCGCAUCUGCCUCAGCAUGAGAAGGAUAUACUGAAGAGGCAGCUGGAUGCUCCGGUGGCCAAGAUCUCGUUCUUUGGUCUGUAUCGCUAUGCCUCGAGGAUGGAUAUCCUGAUUUUGUUGGUUAGCGCUAUCUGUGCUAUUGCUGCGGGUGCUGCGUUGCCCCUGUUCACGAUUCUCUUCGGUUCCUUAACCACCGCUUUCCAGGGCAUCCAAUUGAAGACCAUGUCCUACCACGAUUUUUACCACGAACUCACAAAGAAUGUCCUUUAUUUCGUUUACCUCGGUAUCGCCGAGUUUGUCACCGUCUACAUCAGCACCAUCGGCUUCAUCUACACUGGCGAACACAUCACCCAGAAGAUCCGCGAGAAGUACCUCGAAGCUAUCCUCCGCCAGAACAUUGCCUACUUUGACAAGCUGGGUGCCGGUGAAGUCACCACCCGUAUCACCGCUGACACCAACCUGAUCCAGGAUGGUGUCUCUGAAAAGGUUGGUCUCACUUUGACCGCUGCUGCAACCUUUGUCACUGCUUUCAUCGUUGCCUACGUCAAGUAUGCCCCUCUGGCUGGUAUCUGUACCUCGACCAUCGUCGCGCUAGUUCUCAUUAUGGGCGGUGGAUCCCGAUUCAUCGUCAAGUACAGCAAACUGUCCCUGGAGAGCUACGGUGCCGGUGGUACCGUUGCCGAAGAAGUCAUCAGCUCCAUUCGCAAUGCUACUGCCUUCGGUACCCAGGACAAACUGGCCAAACAGUACGAGGUGCACUUGCGCACCGCUGAACGGUGGGGUACGCGCCUGCAGAUGGCAUUGGGUGUCAUGAUCGGUGGUAUGUUCGGUAUCAUGUUCCUGAACUACGGUCUGGGCUUCUGGAUGGGUUCGCGAUUCCUUGUCGACGGCAAGGUCAAUGUUGGCCAGGUCUUGACUAUUCUCAUGGCCAUUCUUAUUGGUUCGUUCAGCUUGGGUAACGUCGCUCCCAACGGCCAGGCGUUCACCAACGCUGUGGCUGCUGCUGCCAAGAUCUUCAGCACUAUUGACCGUGUCUCCCCCUUGGAUCCUACUUCGGACGAGGGUAUCAUCCCUGAUCACGCCGAGGGUGAAAUUGAGUUCCGCAAUGUCAAACACAUCUACCCCUCCCGCCCUGAAGUUACCGUCAUGCAGGACGUCUCCCUGUCGAUUCCCGCUGGCAAGACUACCGCCCUGGUUGGACCUUCGGGUUCCGGCAAGUCUACGGUUGUCGGCCUGGUUGAGCGUUUCUAUCUACCCGUCGGGGGUACUGUCUACCUAGACGGCCAUGAUAUUCAGACCUUGAACCUGCGCUGGCUGCGUCAGCAGAUCUCGCUCGUCCAGCAGGAGCCCGUUCUCUUCGGUACCACAAUUUACAAAAACAUCCGUCAUGGUCUGAUCGGCACCCGCCUAGAGAAUGAGCCAGAGGAACGCAUCCGUGAACUUAUCGAAAACGCUGCCAAGAUGGCCAAUGCUCACGAAUUCAUCAUGUCUCUGCCCGAGCAAUACGAGACUAACGUCGGCCAGCGUGGUUUCCUGCUUUCUGGUGGCCAGAAGCAGCGGAUUGCUAUUGCUCGUGCCGUCGUUUCAGACCCCAAGAUUCUGCUGCUGGAUGAGGCUACCUCUGCCCUGGACACCAAGUCCGAGGGUGUGGUGCAGGCUGCUCUGGACCGUGCCGCCGAGGGCCGUACCACCAUCGUCAUCGCUCAUCGUCUUUCCACCAUCAAGACUGCUCACAACAUUGUCGUCUUUGUCAACGGCCAGAUUGUUGAGCAGGGUACUCAUGACGACCUGAUUGAGACCGCGGGCCCUUACUCCAAGCUCGUCGAGGCCCAGCGCAUCAACGAGGAGAAAGAGGCUGAUGCUCUUGCCGAUGAGGAGGUUGAGGAUGACUCGGAUGAGGCUUUGGACAAGCAAAACGUUGCUCGUGUCAAGUCGAUGGCCAGUGCCUCGAGUGCUCAAAAAGAGGAAGAGGCUGGUGCGCUGUUCCCCGAGGAUGUCCGCCGUGCAGACACCCGUAAGUCCGUGUCCAGUGUGAUUCUCUCAAAGAAGGGCCCCGACCCGAAGGCCAAGUACUCGCUCUGGACUCUGAUCAAGUUUAUCGCCUCGUUCAACAAGGAGGAGUGGAAGUACUUGGUGAUCGGUUUGAUCUUCUCUUGUCUCGCUGGUGGUGGUCAGCCCACCCAAGCUUUCCUCUACGCCAAGGCUAUCAGUGCUCUUUCUCUACCCAAGUCGGAGUACGCCAAGCUGCGAUCCGAUGCCAACUUUUGGUCAUUGAUGUUCCUGGUCGUCGGUAUUGUGCAGUUUAUCACCUUCUCGAUUCACGGUGUUGCCUUUGCGUUUUGCUCUGAACGUCUCAUCCGCAAGGCUCGCAGCAAGGCUUUCCGUGUUAUUCUUCGUCAGGAUAUCAAUUUCUUCGAUCGGGAGGAGAACAGCACCGGUGCUUUGACCUCGUUCCUUUCCACCGAGACCAAGCACCUCUCUGGUAUUAGUGGACAGACCUUGGGUACAAUUCUGAUGACCUCCACUACCUUGAUUGCCGCUAUCGUCAUCUCUUUGUCUUUCGGCUGGAAACUCGCUCUUGUCUGUAUCAGUGUCAUUCCCGUUCUCCUUGGCUGUGGGUUUUACCGCUUCUACAUGCUCGCCGCCUUCCAGGCCCGCUCUAAGCUCGCCUACGAGGGCUCUGCCAGCUAUGCCUGCGAAGCUACCUCUGCCAUCCGCACUGUUGCCUCUCUCACCCGUGAGAACGAUGUCUGGGAUGUAUACCACGACCAGCUCGAGGCACAGGCUCGGGUCAGCUUGAUCUCCGUCAUCAAGUCGUCCACCUUGUACGCCGCCUCCCAGGCAAUGGUCUUCUUCUGCGUUGCUCUUGGCUUCUGGUACGGUGGUACCCUGCUGGGUCACGGUGAAUACGAUACCUUCCGCUUCUUCGUCUGCUUCAGUGAAAUCCUGUUCGGCGCCCAGUCUGCCGGUACCGUCUUUUCGUUCUCUCCCGACAUGGGCAAGGCUAAGAACGCCGCCUACGAGUUCCGCAAGCUGUUUGACCGCCGCCCGACUGUCGACACCUGGUCCGAGGAAGGUACUACCGUAGACCACGUCGAUGGAGAAAUCGAGUUCCGCGACGUUCACUUCCGCUACCCUACCCGUCCCGAACAACCCGUCCUCCGUGGCCUGAAUCUCAGCGUCAAGCCUGGUCAGUACAUCGCGCUGGUCGGACCUAGUGGAUGCGGUAAGAGCACCACCAUCGCCUUGUUAGAGCGCUUUUACGACGCCCUCUCCGGUGGUGUCUUUGUCGACGGCCACAACAUUGCCGAUUUGAACGUCAACUCGUACCGCAGCCACCUCGCCCUCGUCAGCCAAGAACCCACCCUCUACCAAGGUACCAUCAAGGAUAACAUCCUCCUCGGCAUCGACCAGGACGAUAUCCCCGAAAACGAACUCGUCAAGGCCUGCAAGGACGCCAACAUCUACGACUUCAUCAUGUCCCUUCCCGAGGGCUUCAACACCGUCGUCGGCAACAAGGGUGGUAUGUUGUCCGGUGGUCAAAAGCAGCGUGUUGCUAUUGCUCGUGCGCUUCUGCGGAACCCGAAGAUUCUGCUUUUGGACGAGGCUACCUCCGCGUUGGACUCGGAGUCGGAGAAGGUCGUUCAGGCUGCGCUUGAUGCUGCGGCUAAAGGUCGUACUACGAUUGCCGUUGCUCAUCGACUGAGUACUAUCCAGAAGGCGGAUAUUAUCUAUGUCUUUGAUCAGGGCAAGAUCGUGGAGAGUGGUACGCAUACGGAGCUCUUGAGAAACCAGGGUCGCUAUUAUGAGUUGGUCAAUAUGCAGAGUCUUGGUAAGACGCAUUAAAUUGCAUUUUACGAGGCUUGCUUGACCUACUCUAUUUCUUUUCUUGUCUAUUUUUUUUCUCCCCUUGCAUUUUUGUGCUAUGCGCGCUGCAUACAUGCCGUGCCAUACCCCGACCUUUUGCUCAAAAGACGACAUCUUCACACAUGGUCGAUCACCUUCAUCUUCAAUACCCUUGUCUACUAAUCAUAUCUCUACUUAUCAUCUCCCACCUGGAACCUAUUUCUUAUCUUCUCCUCCAUUCUCAUCUCUGAUACUCCAUCUCCAUAUCCAUACCAUCUCCCGUCACUGUAUGAAUUGAAAUAAUCACCCUUCUCAUCUCCUCUUUCAUUUUCCGAUCCUAUGUGAAACUGGUUUCUGGUUUGCAGCCACUUGGCUGAUAGAACUUACGGGCGGAGUUUGGUUGAAUAUUCAAUACUUGAAAUAAAAAAUAAAAGUGUGAUGGGUUUAUUAUCUGGCUUGAUUGUAUUUUCAAGAGGC